CGGGCGGGAGGCGGCCGGGCGGCGCCAUGAAGCGGAGAGCGGGGGAGCGGGAGAAGGAGCUGAAGAAGAAAAAGCUUCUUGAAGAACUUGGAGAGAGUAGACUGCCAUAUAUGACACCAGCCGAUGCUGACUUCCAGCAGUUGUGGAAGACCAAGUAUUCCAAGCUUGUUUUCAGAAAAUCUGAUACAGUACCUGAAGAGCUUCAUCAGAUGGUACAAGAGAGCUUUUUGACCUUGCGAAAACACGAUUGUUUCUUUCAAGAUCUUGUAAGGAUCAAAGGAAAAGAUUUUUUUACCCCAGUGUCUCGUAUAUUAAUUGGAAACCCAGGAUGCACUUACAAGUACUUGAACACAAGAUUAUUUACAGUUCCUUGGCCUACCGAGGGUUAUGAAAUAAAAUAUUGCAGUCCUCAAAUACAUGAUGCUUGUAAAGCAUUAAUCAAACUUAAUGACUACUUGCAUAUUGAAGCAGUCAAGGCAUUACAAGGACAAAAUUUGCUUGAGUCCAAAGAAACUGAAGAUACUUCUGUAAUAGAUAGGGAGCAAAAGUUUGCUACUUCUCUUAGGGAGAAAGGGUCUGUCUCACAAGAUCAAAGCAGUUGUUGUGUACCAGAGGAUGACUUCACAAGUCUAAAUAACAGAACAUCUUAUAACGUGACUUUAUUAAAUUAUAUGGAUCCUCUACAAAUGCUGUACUUGAAACAAGAGCCUUAUUUUGGAAUGGGGAACAUGGCAGUGAGUUGGCACCAUGACGAGAAUCUGGUUGAAAGGUCAACAGUUGCUGUGUACAGUUACAGCUGUGAAGGUUCACCUGUUGAAGAAACUUAUGAUCAGAAACUGCAGGGAAGAGACCCAGCUGUUUGGCACGUAGGCUUGAAGGUAGCAUGGGACAUAGAGACACCUGGAUUAGCAAUACCACUUCGCCAAGGAGACUUCUACUUGAUGCUUGAUGAUCUCAAUACGACACAUCAGCACUGCGUUCUGGCUGGCUUUUCACCUCGAUUCAGCUCCACUCACAGAGUGGCAGAUUGUUCAAGAGGAACAUUGGAAUACAUAUUUGGACAAUGUGAACUGGCGCUCCAGAAUUUACAAACUGAUUCUAAUUCAAAAGCUUUCUCUUUGAAAUCACUGGAAACUGCAGUUGUAAAGCAAAUGGAAGAAAUACAUAAUGAGGUUGAAUUUGAGUGGCUCAGGCAGUUUUGGUUUCAAGGCAAGCGGUAUUUGAAGUUCACUGAUUGGUGGCUUAAGCCAAUGGCUAAAUUGGAAGAAUAUUGGAGAAAAAUGGAGACUAUGACAAGCCUGGUCCUCCAUGAAGUUAGAAAAAAGGAACAAACUGAAGAACAAAGGAAUGAAACCAUCAGCUGCUUCUUGCUAGUUCUUACUGAGAGACAAAGGUUACGUAAAGAGUGGACAGAAAGGUGCCAGUCAGAAGCAGCAGAGAGCUUGCCAGAAGACGAGAAACCGGAAUGCCACCCCUUUUGGACAAAUGAUGAAUGUAAUAUGCCUCUGCCAUAUGAUCUUGAGGAAGUAAUAGCUCAACUCCAAAAUCUUGUUCAGUAGGUAGAAUAUCAGGUGACCUUCCAGCCUAGAAUUAUUAAUGCUCAUCAUUUGAAGUAAGUUUUUAGUUAGAAUAAAUCUUUUCAUCUCUAUGAUUCCUCAGUUAUGUGUUGGCUUAUGUGUCAGUGCAGAUUUUACUGCUCUCCACACAGUACCUUAGUUACUGUCUCACAACAAAACUGACCAGGCACCAAAACUACAGAAAGAGUUGGCUUUUAAGAUGUGAAGUCCAGAACACGAGCCUCUGUUCUUUCCUCUUCAUUCAAAUCCCCAUUGAUCCUAUAACCCAUGGAUAGUUGUGUUUCCACAAGUUCCCCAGACAUCUACGUUUUAGCUUGCAUGAGUGCCUAGAACUGCCUCUGGCUCAGCAGUUUGAACAACAGAAGGCAUAGCUCACACCUGUGACAAAGCAGAAUUCAUGCUGGGCAUCCUAACGAGAGGCCAGCUCGGAGCGAGCCUGCACGCAAUAUGGUGACAUCUUUAUCCAGUAAUGUCGGCAGAGGUAGAGGAAAUGGUGGAGAAAGUCCUUUAUGGAAUGGCUCCUUGUCACAGCCUUUGUAAAACUGAGGAAUUUGUGAAGGAGCAUCCUGACAUAGAUACUAAGCCUUUUUUGCUGUUUUUCAUCAUGGCAAUUGUAUGGUAUUUUUUGUAUUUUUGUCCGAAAUGGGUUUUGGAGAUCAUGAGCAUGAUGCUGUUAUUAAGUCAGCUUCUCAUGGCACCUGUCAUCUCAGGGUGUGAAGCACUCCCAAGUACUAAACCUUUCAUAUACAAAAUGGCAUUAUAUUGUGUGUGUGGAAGAUCUGACGUGUCCAUUAUUAGACCUAAGGUGCAUCCUCAUAGUCUGGGUUUUGGGCAAGCUAGGCUUGCCUGCUGGUCUCAUCCCCACACAAUUUUACUUGCCUGUAUGGCUUUAUCAAGAACAACUGACAAUGUUUGUCCUGGUGGCUGGGUUUUAAAAAACUUUCCAAACUAGGGACUUCCUACCUGGACCCAGAGGGCAUAGGCCUCUGAAAGACAGUGCUCACAGGUUAGUCCGAGGGGUGCACAGCUCUGCUGUGGCAGGACAGCUUACAGUUUGUCUUUUAGAUGCUUCCAGGAAAUUGGAAGAUGUGGAUUUGCACCUUUUCGGCCUAAGAACGUAAAUCUGCUGUCUCCUAUUCCUGGUUUGUGCUCUAACAGAUGCAUAACUACAUCUUCCUUCCUUUAGGAAGAAUGGCGUGAUCCGUCAUUUGUACCUCUCAGAAGGGCCUUUGAGGCCUACACACAGGGGGAGAUUUCCAACAUGUAGCAGUAUCUCCUGGGUUCCCUGGAACUCAGAAUUCCUUUCCUAACCUUUACUUUGUUUCUGCCUUUUGUGAAUCCUACUCUGAGGCCAGGUUUCCCAGUGCCUUGUCCAAAGAGCCAUGGGUUUCCCUUUUUGGGUCAGGUCCCCUGACAAAAUAGAUUUAGGUUGUGUGAUAGAGGACAUGGCAACAUCUAUGAUGAUCUAGCCAUAAGAACAAAUCCAGAAGACUAUGAGAAAUGCAGCUGCUGUGAUCUGGUUUGUAAUAAAAUGCCAUAAAAAUAACAAUUCUGUGUUGGAUAAUGUCCUGAAUGAGAGAUUUUUCAUUUGGUUAAGUCAGUAUUCUUACUUGAGCUGGUGUGUGCCUUUUCCUUCAUCAUAAAAAGCAGAAGAAAAUUAUAUUACAGUAAAACAGCACUCAGUCUGUAUUACCACUAA